AUGGCAGAAUUGCAUAUUUUAGGCUAUUUAAAUCAAACGAAUAAUUUUAGGGAAACACAUUCUCUGUAUUGCCGGUAUAGUGUUCAAGCCGGUCCCAACUGGAAUUUGAUCUCCGGCUUGUCUGAAGGCCAAACUUCGUCAGGAAAACCAAACUGCAAUAAAUGUGUAGUUUGGAGUCAUCCCUUAGAUUUACAUUACGUUACCAAAGGAAUACAAGGUUGGCCAAAGUUAAUCCUGCAAGUAAAUUGUCUAGAUUCAUUAGGAAGAACUUGGAUAGUUGCUUAUGGUUGCAGUAGCUUACCUGCAGUUCCAGGUUACCAUACCAUUCAAGUGCCUUGCUGGUUGCCAGCUGCUACUAAGUUAUCAGAUAGAAUUAGACAGUACUUCCUAGGUGGUUCCCACCAGCUAUUACAAAGUGAUAUUGUUAGUUUAGGAACUGACAGGUUCAAGUUAAAUACUCUCUCUCAAGGGAUUGUAGAAUUAAAUGUUUGCAUUAUUUUAAGAAAUUUUAGUCAAUUCGGAGUAGAGUACAAAUAA